AUGUGGGCAAGUACCUUGCCCGGUACACUGAGCAGCUUGCACGUUCCUGCGAGUCUAGACGCGGUGUCGCUUCGGCCUCUGCCCGGCGAGGUUGUUCCUUCCUUGUGGGUGAGCGCCGUCGAGGAAGCGACGGUCGAGGGGGCGAGUCAGGUCGUCGCGGCGCUGCAGCCCUCAGGAAGGUACUUCAGCCUCUCCUUCCCUGGGGCGUGCGAGGAGGAGGAGGCUCUCGCUCGCCUCGUGGAGCAGCUCGGCCGCGAGGGAGUCCGGGUCGGGGGAGUGUCUGCGUCUCCCCGAAUCGACGGAGGAAGAGAAGGGCGGCUAAAAGGCCUCGUGGAAAGGGGGUUGCGCCGUGACUUUUGGACGAUGGAAGAAGAAAGGAUCUGGAGAAUCCCAAAUCAUUGAGUGCAAUGCCAGAAGCAGCCGAGGGAAGCUGACCAGUGCUGAGCCUCGCCCUGCUGGGGAUUUUCACCUCUGCCUUGGUCGUAGCACCAUCAUGUUCAGAUAUUUUCUUGCUUUUCUUAAACAUAUAUCCCGUAUAUAAAAUGUGUAGGAUUACAUGUAAUUCAUUCAUAUGCAGAUAAUAUGAAGAUUUAUUUACUGUCUAGUGAUUAAAAUACAUUUUAUAAUUUUAUAAAUAUAUUAAAUGACAUGUAUUUUGAGAUAUUCCUGGGCUGUUAUUCAGAAUGAUAGACAUUAUGGCAAAUGAUUUUGCUUCAGUUACAUAAUCCAGUGUUUGAUUAUAAGUUCUCCCUUUAGAGUUUGGCAUUUGGUAUUUUCAUGCUUCUCUUUCAUAUGGAUGCUGAUGUCAGGGGCCCUUCCUCAUUCAGGAUUUUGGUCCCUGGUGUUUUUAGUUAAGAUAUCCGUGGUGAUGAAGUUGGUUAAUAUAAAUGUAGAUUGAGUAUCCAUUCAUUACAAAUAUACAGUUAGAUAACACGUUCCCAUUGCUUCUUGUGAGAAUAUUGGACCAAUAAAUAAUAAGAAA